AUGCCACUCCAAUCUGCUUUGGUAUUUCUCUUUGUGGGCCCCAUCCUGUGGAUUCUGGUCUGGAGGUUGAGGAGACGAGCUCAUCUGCCGCUACCGCCUGGCCCACCGACGCUCCCGAUCAUUGGAAGUGCGCUGCAUGUGCCAACAGACGGGCCUGCGGGCUUCCGCAACUUGAGUUCAAAAUAUGGCGACGUCAUGCACCUGGACGUCUUUGGUCAGCCUAUGAUCGUCCUCGGGUCGCAUGAAGCCGCGUCCGACCUCUUGGAGAAGCGGUCCUCGAACUACUCGGACAGACCUCCCUCGCCGAUGUACGGCCCUUUUUGGCGUCGUGGGAGACGCGCCUUCCACCAGUUCUUCAACAAAACGGCCGUGCAGAACUACACCGCCGACCAACGCCGCGAGGCCCACCGUCUAGUCGUGCGGCUCAUUGAUCAGCCGGAGGAAUUCGUCCAUCACAUUAGGCACCUCUUCGGCUCCUCUAUUAUGCGCAUCGCGUAUGGCAUUGAAGUCGAUGAGGAGCCUAUCGAUUACCUGCAGAUGGCCGAGGACACCAUGACGAUAUUUUCGGAAGCGUUUCAACCGGGUAAGUAUCUCAUGGAGACGCUGCCAGCUCUUCGGUAUCUCCCUUCAUGGAUGCCGGGUGCGACAGUCAAGCACGACGGAGAGAGGUGGAGACCGAUCGCGUGGAAACUAGUCGAGCGGCCCUGGAAGCUUGUUAUGGCUGCGAUGAGAGAGGGUACGGCGCGUCCAUCCAUGGCUUCGGGACUAAUGGCCAACGUCCCCCAAUCUAAUGGCCAGAAUGACCUAAUCUCUGAAGAGGAAAAUAUUUACCGUGGCGCCACCGCCACGGCGUAUGCCGCUGGUGCGGAUACUACACUAUCUUCGAUUCAAAGCUUCUUCCUCGCGAUGGCUUCCCAUCCAGAGGUGCUCCACAAGGCGCAGGCCGAGCUCGACACGGUUGUAGGGCCACACCGCUUGCCCGAGUUCGACGACAUGAAGUCGCUGCCGUACGUCUGCGCGCUCGUCAAGGAGCUGCUCCGGUGGCGGGUUGUCGUACCUCUAGCGGUUCCUCACCGGACGCUAGAAGACGAUUAUUACCGCGGGUACUUCAUACCGAAGGGCUCUAUGGUGCUCGCUAACAUCUGGGCUAUCGCACGUGACCCGAAUGUAUACCCUAAUCCAGGUGUAUUCUUUCCCGAGCGUUUCCUCAAGGACGGGGAACUGAACCCAGAUGUGCGCGACCCUGCCACGUUCUCGUUUGGCUACGGACGAAGGAUCUGCCCAGGAAGGCACUACGCGGCUUCUUCGCUGUUCAUGAUCGCCGCCACCGUCCUGCACACGCUAUCCAUCACUGCCCCCCUCGGCAAGGAUGGUAAGCCCGUCCCCCCCUCGGGUAAGAUGACGUAUGGGCUCCUGUCGUACCCCGAACCCUUCGAAUGCGUGAUCAAGCCGCGCUCGCAGGAGUCCGAAGCCCUCAUCAGAAUGAGCUGUGGCGAUGUAGAUGGGCUUCGUACCAAGAGUGUAUUAUAG